AUGACAUUCCGACAUCCCGUUCGGCGAGUGGCUAUCAUAGGGGCAGGGCCCUCUGGACUUGCUGCCGUGAAAUAUCUUCGGGCCGAGAAGUACUUUGAACGAAUUGAUUUGUUUGAGCAGAGAAGCUCCGUUGGUGGUGUCUGGAAUUAUACUCCCAGCUCUUCCAAAAUUGGUGGUUCUACAAGUGUGCCCCAUCUGAAUCCGCACGAACCCGUUGAGAAGCCGAUAUGGAUCAAUCACUCUGAGGGGGCGAGCGAACCCAUCUUUGUGUCGCCAGUAUAUGAAAAACUAGAGACCAAUAUCCCAAAGGAAUUGAUGCGAUAUUCGGAUCAGUCUUUCCCCGAAGAUGUCCAGCUCUUCCCUGAGCACCGCACUGUGAAGCAAUAUCUGGAAGAAUAUGCAAAGGAUACAAAGAGCCACAUACAAUUCGAGACACAAGUCAAGGAUGUGAAGCUUGAGAAUCCAAAACUGAGUACUUGGGCCUUGACUACAACCAAUCUUCAAACUGGCAUAGAAGCUACGUCCACCUACGACGCUGUGGUUGUGGCAAGCGGCCACUUCAGUGUUCCAUACCUUCCAAAUAUUCAAGGCAUAGAAUUGUGGGAUAGAGCAUAUCCCGGUGCUAUUUCUCAUUCCAAGCUCUAUGACUCACCCGAAUCGUUUCGAGAAAGGAAGGUGGUGGUAGUUGGAAAUUCUGCUUCAGGGCUCGAUAUUGGAGCCCAGAUCAAUGAAGUCAGCAAGGGCAAGGUAAUUUUUUCCCAGAGGUCCGAGUCGUAUCUGGCUGCAUCAUCUCCUUCGGAUAAAAUAAUUCGUCCGGAGAUUGUCGAACUCUUGGCUCCUACGGAACAUGACCGGGGCAUUCGUUUUGCUGAUGGUCAUAUUGAGACGCAAAUCGAUGCUGUCGUCUUUUGCACUGGAUAUUUCUACUCUUUUCCGUUCUUGUCAUCUCUUGAGCCGCCUCCUAUAACAAAUGGAUGGCGCACGAGGAAUGUUUACCAGCAUCUGUUCUAUAUCGACCACCCUACUCUUGUCUUUCCUGUUCUUUCACAGCGAGUGAUCCCCUUUGUCAUAGCAGAGAACCAGGCAUCUUUGUUCUCUCGCGUAUGGUCAGGAAGGCUUCUCCUUCCAGAAAAGAGAGAUAUGAAAGAAUCUGAGGACUCCGAAGUCGCACAGAAAGGAGAUGGGAAGACCUUUCACGUCAUGUCCUUCCCCGCGGACGCGGACUACCUGAAUCUACUCUAUGAUUGGGCAGCUAGUGCCAAAUCGCGUCCCGGGCUGGAGGACGACGGAAAAGGAAAAUUGGGAACAUACUGGGGAGACCGACAACGGUGGAUACGGGCAUUAUUUCCUGAGAUUCGACGAGCCUUUGUUCAGAAAGGAGAGCAGCGCAGUAAUAUAAAGACUCUCGAGGCGCUUGGAUUUGACUUUGAGACCUUGAAACGGGAUCAGAGGCAAAACUGA